GUUAUUUUCGUUUUGCAUCCUAACUUGUUUCGAUAAGCUACAUUUUGUCGAAUAACCCGAGUUUUUAGCAUUUGACUAGUUGCAAUUUGGUGGCAGGUAGUACAACAUCAUGUCUUUCACCAUAAUAUCAGGGUGGAAUCUCUUCCUGUGUCUUACUAUCCUCGAAUUAACACCAGCAAUCGGUGGAGGAUACCAGCUGAAUAUCGAAACGGUUGUCGUAGAUGCUGGGGGAAGUUCUGAGGUCGAAGGCGAAAUCCGACAAAUGUUCCCUGCCCUCAUGAAGGAUCGUUAGCUGUCUUCUACAAAACCAGACCCGAGGGAUAUCGGAUACGUUAUUCCUAUGAGGCACGCAGAGAGAAUUCUUUAAUGCCGAUUUCAACAAGAAACGAAACA